UCUUCUCUGCUCUGGUUUCCUCCGCAGAAGGUCUUUCUGUUUGUAGCCGCUUAGCAUUAUGUCGAACGUGGUGGAUACUAAGCUCUACGACAUCCUAGGAGUUUCGCCCUCCGCCUCCGAAAACGAGCUGAAAAAGGCAUAUCGCAAAUUGGCCAAAGAGUAUCACCCCGACAAGAAUCCUGAUGCCGGGGACAAGUUUAAGGAGAUCAGUUUUGCCUACGAGGUCUUGACAAACCCAGAGAAGAAGGAAUUGUACGAUCGCUAUGGGGAGCAGGGGCUACGGGAGGGUGGAGGUGGAGGAGCUGGCAUGGAUGAUAUCUUCUCCCACAUCUUCGGCGGGGGGCUCUUUGGGUUCAUGGGGGGUCAGGGCAGGGGGGCCCGCAACGGGGGCCGGAGGAGAGGCGAGGACAUGGUGCACCCCUUAAAGGUCUCCCUGGAAGACCUCUACAACGGCAAAACCACCAAACUCCAGCUUAGCAAAAAUGUCCUGUGUGUUAGCUGCAAUGGUCAGGGGGGUAAGGCUGGCGCAGUGCAGAAGUGUGUCGCUUGCCGAGGGAGAGGCAUGAGGAUUAUGAUCAGACAGCUGGCUCCUGGCAUGGUCCAGCAGAUGCAGUCAGUCUGCACAGACUGCAACGGAGAGGGCGAGGUGAUCAACGAGAAGGACCGCUGUAAGAAGUGCGAGGGCCGCAAGGUGUCCAAAGAGACCAAGCUCUUGGAGGUGCACGUGGACAAAGGCAUGAGGCACGGCCAGAAGAUCACCUUCACGGGGGAGGCCGACCAAGCGCCAGGCACUGAGCCUGGGGACAUCGUUCUGGUCCUGCAGGAGAAGGAGCACGAGGACUUCCGUCGGGACGGCAACGACCUACACAUGACCCAGCGCAUCGGCCUGGUCGAGGCUCUCUGUGGCUUCCAGAUUGCCGUCACACACCUGGAUGGACGCCAGCUUGCGGUCAAAUACCCCCCUGGCAAAGUCAUAGAGCCAGGGUGUAUACGGGUCGUUAAGGGAGAGGGCAUGCCCCAGUACAGGAACCCGUUUGAGAAGGGAGACCUGUUCAUCAAGUUUGAUGUCCAGUUCCCUGACAACAACUGGAUUAGCCCUGAAAAACUCACUGAGCUGGAGGACCUGCUCCCUGGACGUGCGGAGGUUCCGGUAAUCUCCGCGGACGCCGAGGAGGUUGACCUGCAGGAUCAUGACCGGGGAACCGGGGCCGGAGCCGGGGCCAGGAGGGAGGCCUACAACGACAGCUCUGACGAAGAGGGGGGCCCACAGGGCCCAGGGGUGCAGUGUGCACAUCAGUAGAGACUCACACACACACGCCACACAUCAAAUGUAACACACACACACACAUCUCCGGUUGUACUGCUUAUACCAGUUAAGACCUUCCAUGUGCAUACAUACAAUCCCCUCUCCUGUCCUAUAGAAAGGACAUACACACACACACACACCCACACACAGUUUCAAUGGGACCGGCCAUCAGGCAGCAGCUGGAUGUGUGACAACCCUAUUGUGUUUCUGGACAGCAGGCCCUCCCAUUCAGAGUUCCCAGGGGCCACAGGCCCUGCCUAGGGGCCCACUUCUCAGCUGGACCCAACCCACAUUAUGUCAUCUUUGGCUUCUACCUUUCGCUGUGGAACACACCGGUCUUGUGUAUAAAAUGCAAAUAUUGUCAUCUCGUUUAA